GAUUAUUCUUACCAAAUAUCUCAUUAAAAUUUAUCGUUUGAAUGUUACAUCACAAAACUCUAUAAAUACACGCAAAGUGAUGUUUUGAAGGUAGUAACCGAGCCAUCGAAAAUGAAAGCGCACGUUUUGAGUUUGGUGUUCGUUUGGUGUAUCGUUCAGGUACUUUCUGUAAAAUUUCCUGAAGAACUAAUCGACGAUUAUAUUCACGAGUGCUUGGAAGAACACAAGCUCGACAAAAAGGUAUUGGAUGGGUACUUUGACGACUCAUUCAGAGUCGUCAAUUUAGACGAUAAUGGACUCAAACUAACUGGGUGCAUAGUUGAGAAGAGUAACUACUACGGACCCGAUGGAAAAUUUAAUAAGGACGUUAUGACUAAAGAUAUCGAAAAAUGGGCCAAGUUUUUGAUUAAACAUGAAGUGGAAGAUUACGAAGCAUUGGCGGCGAAGCUUCAAGGAAACUGUGAAAAAGUGAAUGGAAAAGAUCGAGUCGAACAGCUUAUAAACUGGAAUAACUGUUUGGCUGGGGAAUUUGAAUUGUUAAAAAAAUAAUUAUGGAGAUUCUACUUAAUUGUUUGUUUUAUUAAAAUUUUAUUAAUAUGUUGAAGAAGAAAUAAAAACCUACAAAGCUC